AUGCGCAGUUCUGAUCCCACGAAUAGUGGGAAAAGUGUCGUUUGGAGUCUCGUUAGACAUCAAGAAGACAUUGGCGUGCCAGAAAUAACGUUUGGAAAACACACGAGUUCGCAAAAUUCAGACAAGAACCUGAAAAAGAAUGGUGAUGAAUUCUUAAAAGCCAAUGUAACCUCAGGAGCUUGGAUCUUCUACACUUAUGCAAACUUCAAUGACAAAGAAGCAGGUAGUAAGUCAUCUAACUACAAGGUUGUCCAACCUGGAGCUGAUGUAGACAUCUCAGCUGUGAAUGGUUCCAUGUUCCUCCUUCCGGACCAAGUGGAAGGAAUCCUUUUGUUCGAGCAUAACUUCUACGGUGGGGGCAGCAAGUGGUUUGAAGAAAGUUGCCCAGAUGUGAACCCGUAUUUCCCAAGCGGAAAAGGAGGAGGAGUUUCCUCUGUCAUCGUGCUAUCAAAAGAACCAGCAUUUUGCCAUCUUCACCGAAACUAA